AUGGAUAUUUAUGACCAUAUCAAGCCUGAGAUGGAAUAUGGUUUGUUUUCACUCAAAGAGAAAGAGUUUCGCCCACGAAAAAAACAUUUUCCACAAAAUAAAGCCUCACAUAUUACUAAAGUUGUUUCGGCCAAGUUGUUGGAAUCAUCCCACGCUUGGCUCGGCGCCUCCACCUCCAAUAUAUCAGCCGACUAUUCGAGCCUGCUGAAGCUGAAGGCGCCGACGUGGACGCGACAAGACCUUCAGGACGCAAUAGAAGCCGUGGUCACCCAGAAGAUGAGAUUCACCCAAGCUUCCACGAAAUACGGAAUACCCAAAGGUACUCUCUACGACAACAUACUCGGCAAGUCGAAGAGAAUGAUGGUGCUCGAAGAAGCUGGACUUGAUGCCAAUGAAGAGAAUGCGGUCCUUGAAUUCUGUUGUGACAUCACCGUUAGUCCUUACAAUAGACGAACCAAAAAAUCGUUGAACGCUAUUUUAAAUUUCGUUGAAAAAUUACGCAGGCGUCGUGAUCCAGGUUUUAUUUUUACCGGAUUGUCGGGGUUCAGGUGGUGGUGGGCGUUCUGUAAAAAACAUUCCAUUGUUUCGCUUUAUUUCAAUGAUGAAAAUGAUAACGAGUGA